CGCUUCAUCUCUGUCAAUGCUUCACUACCAGGCAAGUCUGUCGCUGAAGGGACGCUCUAUUUAACGUGGCAGAUCUGUCUGCCGAAAAUGUAUUCUUUUAUUCUGAGGAGGACGAUUCAGCAUCUGAUCCUUCCAGAAGUUUAAAGGCACAGCGAGUUAAGAGGAAUGGAUCACUGAUGACGUCAGGUGAAGAUUCUCCACACCAAAAUCAAUGCUGCCCAGAAUAACAUUGCCAAUAAAACACGAACACCAGUCUCCUGCUGAAAAUCCCUGAAUGUGUUUACAGUACUUGUUUUGUAACUCAGUGGCUGAACGCGGAUUCCUCAUUAGAUGAUUAAAAACCAAACAGCAGAGAAUUCCUUGAUGUGCACAGUCUCUCUGAGUGAGAAUGAAAGGAGUGGAAGAUCUCUUCAAAGAGCUUGAUUUGCAGCUAAUUUGCUUUCAAUGUUCUGAGAAAACGAACGAGACCAGAGUUGUUGUCAAAAAUGUGAACCAUGAAUGCCAGCAUCUCCAGCUUGUUGCACGGAAGCAACAGGGCAUCUGGAGACUAAUUCGAAGGCGACCAACUUUCAUUAAUCCCGUGCGCUAUGAUGUAUGUUGGUUCUACAAGGAAGGUUCUGGCUGCAAGAAACAUGGGAAUACCUGCACUUUUGCAUGGAGUAAAGAAGAAGCUUUGGUAUGGAAUUAUGAAAAAGACAAUAAAACUGAACGAAACACCCUAAAGAAUUUAGUGGCUAAAAGAGCAAACAACAGAAAAUCAUGUUCAGGCACACUUUAUGCAAAACAGCAGAGAAUUGAGGAAAAAAUUGUUAAUGAGUUUGGAGGACAAUUUGUUGAAAUAUGUGAAAUCUGUUUCUAUAUGGUCCCUCAGAAAAUAGCUAUUCAAAGUUCAAAGGGCUUUUGUUCACAUUCACCACAGCAUAACUGGAACCCAUUGUUGGUCCAUAUCCAUGUGGGUGCCAAUGAUAUGAAGGAGUGCAAUGAAAUUAAAUCUGUCCCAUCUCAAGACAAAAUCCGGUAUUGUGAUAAAAUUCAGCGGGGAGAAUUAUGUCAACAUGGCUACAAUUAUUGCAGUUUUGCCCAUAGUGAAGUCGAAUUGAUGGUAUGGAAAUCAGAGAUGCAACAAGGUUUGAAGCGUUCUACCUUGCUUCAGAUAUCACUGCAACAGAACUGGAAUGGGCAACCUGGAGUGUCCCAGGUGACAGAAAACAAUGUUCAUUUCUACUGCAAAGUGUGUCUGGUAACCUUUUCUUCCCAGGAUGGAUUUGAGAAUCAUUGUUCAUCCAUAGAACAUGCUCAGAUGGUCUUGACAGACACUACUGUUGAGUGGAAACACCGAAAACCACCUCUUAAAGGAAAAAACUACCAAUUAUGUUCAAGGGUAGAUAUCUGUGAAUUUGGUGAGAACUGCAUUUAUGCUCACUCCUAUGAAGAGCUAGAAGAAUGGCUAAUGCGGUCAGAGGUUGGGCAAAGUCGGAAGAAAACAGCAAAAUAUCAAGGGCUUAUUUCCUUUCGGGACAGUUUCCUUGAGGAAUACAGGAACUGUGGGAAUGAAGUACUGAUUAUGUCGGAGGAAGUUGGUGAUAUAAUUGUAUCAUGUGAUCGUGACUUAAGGGUACCCCGUUACAAUAAAAAAAAUAAACUCAAGUGGAACUUCCAGAUACAAUCACAGAAAGCGUUGUUGAAUGUUGCUCUGUUGAAGAGAGAACCUGGUGCAAAAUUUUCACUGGAAGGAGAAAAUUUACCAAAAAAUUGUCUUAGUGCUGAAGGCAAAAAAUUCCAGUCAUCCAGAACUUUGUACUUCAUUGUAGUCUCAUUUGAAGCUGUGAGCAUAGGAAUUUACGAGCAAUGGGUUGUUUUUGAUUUUGGAGACCGACCUCUUCUUGUCAGGAAGAUUUAUAUUGGUAAAGAGGAUGUUCCUCAAAUACCCAAUAAUCCAACCAGUGAUUUCCAAUUCGUCAGCCUGGAGAGAUGGAACAGUGCCAAUAGAAGAAUAAUACCUUGCAUGGAAAGAACUGAACAAGAGCAUCUUGUGUUGCAGAAAUACAAGCCACCAUCUGUAACAUUGGAACACAAAACCAAAGACAUGGCAAAAAUUCCAAUAACACCUACAAAUUACAGAGAAAAAAUGCACAAUUUCCUGUACCAAGAGGAGCAGGCCGAAGCUGACAUAGUUUCAAGACUCAAUCUACAGGUGACCAUUUCAAUCACUGACAUACUGGAAGAAACUACGGAAGGAUUGAAGAUUGCACAAUCUGGAGAGCUCUUUGCUGUUGUUCCAACCCCCCCUGCUCUGACUAAUUCAAAUGAAGGUUUCCUAUUUAAGAGAGCAGUUAAAACUGCACUGUUAACACCAAACCCUUCCGCCAACAAUGAUGUUUAUGAGGUUGCCAUCGUCCAAGAGGCUACCACUGAAAGUCGUAUUGCUCUAAAGCUUUCACGGCGAUGCCACACGGAUCUUGAUUUCUGCAAAGGAAGCCGCCCUAAUGUAGAGAUUCAGUUUCAGUUAGACCGACUUACAUUUUGCUUCAGGCAUCAAGCUGUGGACAAGCUUCCAAAUGAGCAGAUUAUUUUUCCAGACUUUACCACCUGUUCCAUUCCGCAUUGUACUCAUGCCAUUCCAAUUGGAAAUCAAAAGCAACGUGAUGCUAUUGCCUUCAUUACUGGACAACCCAAUGGAAACAAAAUAGUGACCCCUCUUCUAAUUUAUGGUCCUUUUGGAACUGGAAAGACCUUUACCUUGGCAAAAGCAGCAAUGGAAAUAGUGAAGAGACCAGGAACUAGAUUGCUUCUAUGUACAGAUACUAACAGUGCUGCAGACUUGUACGUCAAGGAUUAUUUUCAUCAAUAUGUUGCUGAAUUUCCUGAAGCAAAACCCUUACGAUUGAAAUAUGUCAAGCAGAACCCCAUUCAUACUGACUUGAUCACAAAAAAAUACUGUUUAAUUUCAAACAAUUCAUUUACUGCACCCAACAAAUGUACCUUGGAAUCAUACCGUAUAGUCAUCACCACAUGCAUGGAGGCAAAAGUGUUCUCAGAACUUGAUCUUCCCUUUGGAUUUUUCACACAUAUUUUAAUUGAUGAAGCUGCUCAAAUGUUGGAAUGCGAUGCACUAAUUCCAUUGGGCAUUGCAGGAAGGGAGACUCGGAUUGUCUUGGCAGGGGAUCAUAUGCAAGUGACACCAAAGCUUUUUUCUGUUCAAGAUAGUGAGAUGGCAGACUACACCUUACUCAACCGCCUGUUCCAUUACUACAAGAGGGAAACACACGACAAGGCAGCUAAAAGCCGCAUAAUCUUCAAGGAAAACUAUAGGUCAGUGAAAGAGAUCAUUGACUUUGUGUCAGUCCAAUUUUAUGUGGGAAAAGUUGACGUUAUUCAAGCAAGUGGAGACAUUCGACGUCACCCGAAGUUCUAUCCUCUAACGUUUUGCCAUAUUCAAGGGAUCAGUAGUUACAGCUCUUCGAAUUUAUCCUGGUACAAUGAGUGUGAAGUUCGCGAAGUUGUUGGAAAGGUAGAAUCUGUUGUGAAAAGCUGGCCCAAUGAAUGGGGAAAACUGGAUCAAACGGAAAUCUGUGUUGUGUCCACUGAAACAUACCAGAUUCAGUGCUUGAGACAGAAGCUUAGAUUAAAUGGAUUCAACUCAGUAACAGUAGAGAAUGCCUUCAAUAUUCAAGGAAAGCAGUUCAGAGUGAUAAUCAUCUCUACAGUGCAUACUUGUGAAAGUAGCAUCUCUUCAAAGGGUGCUGGUCUAGAGUUUUUCAGUCAACCGAGGGUUUUGAACACAGCUAUGACACGGGCCCAAUCUCUUGUGAUAGUUGUUGGUAACGCUUUGGCUCUUUGCUCUGUUGGAAAUUGCAGUAAAAUUUGGAAGAAGUAUAUUCAGGAGUCUAUUGACAAUGGAAGCAUUUACCCAGAGGAUCUGUCAAUGGAGCAGAUUAAACAGACCAUUGCUGACAAUGAAUGCUGGGUUGUCAGAGAUGAAAGUGAAAGUGACAAUGACUCAUGUUAUUCAGAAAAAGACAUAGAUCCAAUAUUGCAAGAACUUCUGGAUGAGAGCAAGAAUGUAACAUUAACAGUAACAGAGGAAGGAUUUAUGGAUAUUGUUACAAUUGAGGAAAAAGAACAAGAGUGUAUGGGUAAUACAGUGUCCUUUCAGUCCUCUCAGAAGAAGCACAAUGUACAGUACACUGAUUACCCAAUAGAAGCCCUGGAAACACUGCUGUUAACUCAGCCUUCAAAAUAUAAGCGAUGUGAAAUAGUCAUGGAAAAGUUUUACAAAGGCUAUGCCAUCGCUCUUGAUGAUCCUCAGGCCACGCACAUUAAAAUAGAAGGUCGAGCUAAUUGUGGAAAAUCGUUUCCCGGUGAUCAGGUUUUGGUUGAAAUUCUGUCCCAGAACUCAGAGCAAGGUGACAUUCCUGAUGUAAAUGGAAAGAUAGUUGGUGUUUUGAGAACAGGUGACCUGCCAAGAAUCUUUGUCUGCAGAGUUGAUGACUAUGAUUCACAAGUCAUGGUUCCUAUCAACAAAUGUGUUACAAAAAUCUACACACCAUGGCAUAAUAAGUUACGCAACAUAAUCCCUAUUCGCAAAUUCAAGGAAGGUAAAAUUGUGACAGUAAGGACUAUAUACCUUACUGAAGAAAUAAAAAAAGAUAAUUUCUUUGUUGUUGAAAUACUAUGUUGGCGGGAAAGUUUUUACCUUCCCUUGGGAAUUGUUACUAAGGUACUCCCUGCGGCAGUAACAAUGGAUCGUGGAAUGGAAGUAUUGAACCUAGAAUAUCAAGUUCAUGACAGCUUUCCAAAGGAGAUUAUCAAGGAGUUGAAGGCACACUGUCAAGAAUCUAGAAAACACCCUGGUGAAAAUCGAAGGGAUUGCCGGGAGUACUUAACAUUUACAGUGGAUCCAAAGGAUUCCAAGGAUCUUGACGAUGCUAUUAGUGUGAGAGAGUUAGGUGAAUACUAUGAAAUAGGUGUUCAUAUCACAGAUGUAACAAGCUUUGUGCCAAGAGGUAGUUCCUUAGAUGAUGAAGCACAGAAACGUGGCAUUACUUAUUAUCCUCCUGCGAGAGAUCCAAUUCACAUGCUACCUCCAAAGCUGAGUCAAGAACUCUGCAGCCUCCUCCCAGGAAAAGACCGCAAGGUCAUCUCUUUGUUUGUUCAGGUACAAAAGGGUACAGAUAUAGUUGUAAAAGCAAACUUUUCACUUUCUCUUGCUCGAUCCGAUAGGAAACUUACCUAUGAAGAAGCAGAGGAUAUUAUCGAAGAUUUUAGUGGAAGUGAAUUGAGAUUUGAUACAUUGGAGGAUUCAAUUGCUGUAGCCUUUCACUUUGCCAGAAUUCACAGAAAGCACAGACUUCAUGAUGGUUAUUAUUAUGAAAGGCCUGAUGAACAGAGACAACUAGGAAAGAGACGGUCCCAUCAGAUGAUUGAAGAACUCAUGAUAAUGAUGAAUAGCUUUGUUGCUGAAUUCUUGACCAAUAAGAUGCAAACAAUGAAUGUGACACCAGUGAGAUGCCAGGGUCCUCCUGCUCAUCAGCAAAUGGUCAAUCUAAAGCAAAGGCAUAAAAACUUGGUUUGCCUUUCCAUUCAUCUAUCUCAUCUAAUGGAUGCUGGACCAAAUUUUCAAUCUCCAUCUUGUAAGGAAUUCCAGAUCUUGUCUUCCUUAUGGAACAGUCUGAUAAAAGCGGCAAAGGAUAAUGACAUUCACAAGUUGAUAGAUUUCAUUGCAACAGAUGACAUCCACCCAAAUCUUGCACCAGUAUCAUUAGAGCUGAGAAAACUCAUGCUCAAAUCCUUCUUCAUUCGAUCUAACUCAACAUUACUUUCAAAACAAGGGCAUUAUUGUCUUCACCUUGAAUCUUACACUUGGGCCACAUCACCAAUUCGGCGAUAUCUAGACAUUGUCAUCCAACGUCUCCUUACUCAAGUUUUAUGCAAAGUAAGUAUUCGAUACACCAAACAGGAAAUUGAUAAAUUAUGCAUCGACUUUAAUAGGAAAAAAAGGAGUGCUUCAAAUUAUGAAAGAGUAGCACAAAGUCUUCACUUGGCAACACAACUUAAAAAUCAAGUUCUGCAAAAGCUGGCAUUUGCUGUUAAUGUUGAACCAUUGACCAGGCACUUCGGUAUUGUGUUUCCUUUGAACUCUGAUGCUCUUACAGAGGUCCACUGCAUAAACUACAGAACUCUGCAGCUGGUGGAUCAACCUGCAUUUAAUGAGGACAUUAAAGCAAUGAAAUUAAUAUGGAAGAAAAGAGUCUACAGUUUAGAAACUCCAAGAAAAGCUUUCCUUCCGCCGGGGCUGUUCUGUAAUCCAAAUGUCCGUAGGAUUAGUGGUGACACUUGGCAGGAAUUUGUGAAAGCAAUCAGGUCAGAUGAAUUUUCCAAGGUAGCGGCCCUUGUCUUGGAGGAAGAGCAGAUGUGCCAAAUCUAAUGUGAUGCAAGAGUAUUUUGGCAGGAUAGAAGUAUCAGGGCCAACCUUCAACAUUAUGUAACAAUUUCUUUGGAAGUGAAAAAUGGUGAUGCAUUGCAAUUGCAACUGACUAAAGGAGUAAAAAAUGGAUUCUUGGUGCCAGCUGUGCAGUUGUUUAAUGUAACUCCAAUGUUUGAGAUUUGCGUGGAACAUGCAGAAAAUCCUGUUACCUGCUUUUCAGCGUAUGCUUCAAAGUCAACCCAAAAGAUCUACAAUGAUAUAAAGGAAUAUCAAGCAAUCUGGGGACCAUUGAGUGCGAUGGAAUCUGCAUCAAGUGCUGUGGCUGAAAAUGAAGUUAUAGUCAUUUAUGGUGUUAAGAUAGCCUGGAAAAACAAGAAUACACAAGGAAAAACUCUAUAUGGCUCUUUUUCUAUUCCCAAAGAACAUUGUAAAAAUUGGGCCAUUGGAAGUGCCCUGGCGAAGUGCUAUCUGUGUCUCCGCUGUAGGGGCUUGAAGCAAAAUGUGGGAAAUGAUCCGACCAAAAAUGAAGAGCCUCUUUACCAAAGUAUGAAGGAACUCAACGUAUCAGAAAAUUCUUCAGAACUAAAUAUUGACCCUAACAGUUAUAUUUGGGUGGCACAUGCUGUGACUCAAGAAUUUGCCAAUGAUGGUCCAAAACCCGAUAGAGAAUCCAACUUGAAGACAAACUUUACUGUACACCAAAUGCCCAUGGAUACCAUACCAGAGGAAGUAUUUCAGGAGGAUACAACAUUUGUUGUGGAAGUAAUUCCAAAGCAACUUCCUGAAAUACGUAAGGAGGAAGCUGUUCGGAAACUUGCUGAUGCAUCACCACUUGCUCAGAAUAUAGCAUUGGGUCGACAGAAACUUUUUAGAAUGCUACAAAACUUCAACCAGAAAAGCUGCAAGGUUCCUAAACUACCAAAUCUCAACCCCAGCCAAGAAACUGCAGUUCGUUCUGCUCUUCAACAUUAUUUUACACUUAUUCAAGGCCCACCAGGAACAGGAAAAACUAUGGUUGGAGUUCAUAUCGUAUAUUGGUUCCAUCAAAUGAAUUUGGAGCGUAAUGGGUCUACUUACCCAGCAGAAGCAGAUGGACAAAAUAGAAACUAUAUACUUUACUGCGGACCUUCCAACAAAUCUGUCAACGUUGUUGCUGAAUACCUCCUGGAGCUGAAGACAGAGCUGAAGCCACUCCGGGUUUACAGUGAGCAAAUGGAGAUGGUGGAUUUUCCAUAUCCUGGCAGCAACCUGCUGAUUUCUAAGAGGUCCAUGAGAGAAGCAAAAGCAAAAUCUCAACUUAGGCCAAUAACCCUACAUCACAGAAUCCGACUGUCCUCAAAUCCUCAUGGGGAAGCAAUAAAAGCUUUUGAUGCCAAGUUUCAAAAUGGAACAGAAGUGACAGAAGAUGAAAUUAGAGAGUACAAGAAAUUGCUUGACAGAGCUCGCAACCAUGAACUUAAAAAUCAUGAUGUCAUCCUUUGCACCUGUGCCACUUCUUCCAGCAGAACUCUACAAAAAUUACGAAUGCGUCAAAUCUUGGUGGAUGAGAGUGCCAUGUGCACAGAACCAGAAUUAUUGAUCCCUAUUGUUGCACAUAAAUAUGCAGAACAGAUUGUUCUUCUGGGAGACCAUAUGCAACUACGUCCCAUUAUAUCCAAUGAGUUCUGUAGACGCCUUGGCAUGGAGACAUCACUAUUUGAACGCUAUCAGCGCCAUAUUCAACAAGGAUUGCUCCUUGAUGUCCAAUAUCGGAUGGUAAGUAAAAUUUGCCAGUUUCCUUCUGAGAAGUUUUAUAAAGGGAAAUUAAAAACUGAUGAAAAUAUUGCAUCUCGCCCAAAAAGUGUCUUCUGUCACUCUGGGAAGAACCAUUGUCCGAUAAUCUUUGGGCAUAUGAUGGGAAAUGAAAUUAGUUUGAUGGUUUCGACAGAAGAGGGAAACGAGAAUUCCAGAGCAAACAAGCUAGAGGCUGAAAAUACCGUGAAUAUUGUGAAACAGUUGAUGCUUAACAAUAUCAAACCAAGCGACAUUGCAGUUCUGACACCCUAUAAUGCACAGGUGAUUGAGAUAAACAAACUGCUCAAUGCAAAAGGAAUUAAAGAGGUUACUGUAUGUACCAUCGUAAAAAGUCAAGGAAGCGAAUGGCGUUAUGUCAUCUUUUCUGUCGUUCGUUCUCUUCCAAAGAAAGAUAUUGAAACACAGCCUUCAAAAUCCUGGCUGAAGCAACAUCUGGGUUUUAUCACUGAUCCAAAUCAAGUGAAUGUUGCACUGACAAGAGCGAAGGAAGGCCUUUGUAUCUUUGGAAACGAGCAUUUAUUGAGCUGCAGUUAUCUCUGGAAGGAUCUGCUGGCACAUUAUAAGAGGAAGAAUAGUUUUGUGAAUGCAGACCAAAUUUUUGUGAGAAGAUAAUUAUGGUUCGAUAUCCUGAAAAGGAAUCCAAGGUUUUUCAGACUUGCUGAAAUGUUAAAAGUUACACAAACCAGCUUUUCGAUUCCAGUUCUGGUCUACCAACAAGCUUUAUUUUAUUUCAUUUUACUUCCGUACCACAACUGAAAGUGACAGUUCAUUUACAGGGUUACUUAAUCAUUGUCUCACUUUUUCUCAGUGCAGAUAUAAAGGAGUUGAAAUUUAUUCAGAUUUUAUUGUCCUUGCUCUCUGAAUGUAUUUACUGCAGACUAUCCAAAAUGAGAGUAUUUUAACUUAGAUGUAAGUUUAUAAAAAGGUUGUUUAGAUUUAUAAAAUAAAUUGUAUAUUGUGAAUCUUUUUUAUUCAGAAGCACAUUCAGCACUUUUUGCUUAGAAGUUAAUGUGAUCUGUAAUACAUGAACUGAUUUACUACAUUCCUAGCUUUUUAAAGUCUUUAAAAGCAUCCACAUUUUAUGGGCAAAUAAAUGGCAGUGUUACACUGCAAUUAAACAACUUGAU